AUGAUUCCAAAUAUCGAUUUUGAUCAGAACAAAAGUGUAAUAUGCUAGGUUGAAAUAUGGACUCCAAAAAAUUGUGUUAAGGCAUCUGAAAAAUUAAUGCAUGGGGUCAUUUCUACACUUUAAAAUUAAUAAAAAGUUUUGUACAUUAUUUCAAUUAAUAAUAGAUUGGAACAUGCUAAUCAGAAAGAAAGGGUUCUUUCAUUGCUCUGCUCAUCUCUGGCAUGGCUUGGGAGUCUUAAACAAAAUUCAUCGAACUCAGAACAAUUUAAAACCUUGAAAAUUGUUUAUGCUUCCCCAGAAGAGAAUUAAUUGAAGUAGGCAGAAGGAUAUCUCCAAAAAACUAUAUAUCGACCAAAAUUUAACUACUUUAAGAAUGAAUCUGGCAUAGCAGAAAUAUAAGACUGUAACCUAAUUUUUGUAACCUAUGAGAACUUGCUUUCCUGUCGAUAGGGAGGUUUCAAUAAUUCAAUCUUGAUUUUUGAUAAUUACCCUUGUUUUUAAAUCCAAAAAAGACUUACUAAAAUUUCAACAAAAACAAUCUAAAAUAGCUUAGUUGAAUUAAACUAGUUUAAUAAUUUUAAAUCUAAAGAUACUUCCAUUUUGGAUACAUAAUGGGUCGAACUAUCAAGAAAUGUUAUGGAAAGUUUCUCUGACUAUUUAAAAGAAAAAACAUCAUAAGAAAUACUUUAGAGAUUGGUGGAAUGUUAUAAAUUUAAACAAUAUAAAAAAUCUUUUAACGAAUAUGCGAAUAGUUGUUAAGAAUAGUUGUUAAGAAUCUCAAGUUAUUUGAAAGAGUCAAAUACUUUGAAGUUGACUUCAUUAAUUGAUUGGCUCAAAUUUAUCCAGAUAGUAUAAGAAUGGGAUAAAAACAAAUAAGGUUAUGAUGGUAAUUAUUAAUUAUAAAUGAAUACAAGUAAAAAACAAACUACACUUUAUUUAUACCUUAAUUAUUACUCACAAUAUGUUUUAGAUCAUCUAGAAAAACUAAAAUUUUAAUCUAUUAUAAUAUCGUCUCAAUCUUAAUUUUCCCCUUAGGAUAAUUUUCUAAAUAACAUUUAAAUUAAACAUAAAAUUGAUUAGAGCGAGUAUUUUUAAACCUUUUAUAUAUAAUCAAAUGAUAAAUGGGUAAGUUUGUAUAACACUUUGAUCAAAGUAUACAAAGUUAUACCAAAUAGUAUUGUAGUGAUUUUUAAAAAGUUAAGUGAUGUAAAAAUAUUUCAUGAAUAUUGUGAGACUUAAAAGCCAAAUAUUUUGAAAGAAAUUGAUAAACAUAAAAUACUAUUUUGGGGAAAUUCAAAAUAUGAUUAAAAGAUUUUUAUUUCCUUAUAGAGAGAAGGAGCCAUUUGGUUUGAUACUUAUUAAGGAAUUUCAAAAAAAAAAUUAUUCAAAUCUACAAAUUCUUUUUAAUUUUGUAAUGGAUUAAUUUUGGUUGAUAUGAAUUAACCAACUAGUAAUAUUACAUCAACAAUGAAUCUGCAAUAUUUUAAAAAUAGAUUUUUUAAUAAUUUAAUUGAAAAAGUUUUGCUCCAUGAUAAUAAAAAUCGGGUCUUAAUUAUUUUAGAUAUGAAAGAAGAGUUACAAAAAUGGAUGAAAACUUGCAAUUUAUAUUAAGUAAAUUUCUUUGAAGCCAGUAGCCCAUUUUUGUUUGAAAUGAUUGAAAAAAACUUUAAAGAUCCAAGAUUUAAUUAAAUUUAAAUAGAAAACGAUGUUAAUUUUAAUAAUGUAUAAUAAACUCUAAAUUAAUUAGAAAAUCUAUAGGAAUUAAAAAUGGAAGAGGAAAGUGAGGAUUCCUCUUUCUCUUAAUCUAGUCAUAAUUCCAUUGAUAAAUCGGAUUGGUGA